UAUAUUUUAUUUCUUGGAGGGGGUGGAACAACCUUUAAAGAUCAAGUUUCUAUGAUGCUAAGAAUCCCCAGGCAGCCUGAGGAUUUUGAAAGUCCUUGGGCUUCUGCAUCCUCGCCUGAGGCUGCAUUUAUUAAGUGCCUGCUAUAUGUAAUACUCUGUGCCAGGUGCUCCCUGAGAACAGCUCCACGGCAGGCAUGACAAUGAAUCCCAGUCUUGCUGGUGAGGAGCGUCAGACUCAGCAAGUUGACUCAUUGCUCAGCCAGAGAGAGCAGAUGUGGGACUCACUCUCAUGAGAGCCUGAGCCCACAGAAGUCCCUGGGCUGAAGAACUGACCACAGGCACAAAGCCAAGCAGAAGGAUUUUCUGGAUCAACUUUAGCCUCUUCUUGGUUUCAGCUCAUUUCACUAAAGAGAAGGGGAGGGAGACAGUGGCUAGCCCCAGGGUCCCUAACGUAUAAUCACCACACACUUGACUAUGUAAGAACCCAGCAGCACACCUGGGAAGAUUAAGCUCUGAGAUGAGCUCCAGGCACCAAGCAGCAAUUCCUGUCUCUCCAGGUUAUCAGCACGAGUCAUGUUCAAUGACUCCAGGAAGCUCAAAAGUAGCUGCAGGUCAGCAAUGUUAUACCACUCUCUACUUUAAAUGUUAUUGAUUAAAGGCUCAGCCAGAAGUUCUGCUCUAAGGACGAGGCAGUCUGGAACCGAGAAUGCCUGUGAUGGGUUGAGAAUUGCACCACAGUUCAAGAUGGCCCAGGCAGGAGAGCCUUGGCCUGCUUCACCUCAGGACAGUCUGGCCUUCGCCAUGUCCAGCCUCUCCCCUGAUUCAGUUUUAGAAGACUUUGAGUACGAUGAGUCUGCCGAAGCCUGUUUUUUGGGGGACAUCGUGGCCUUUGGGACAGUCUUCAUGUCCAUAUUCUACUCCCUUGUAUUCGCCUUUGGCCUGGUGGGAAACUUGCUGGUGGUGUUUGCCCUCACUAAUAGCCAGAAGCACAAGAGCAUCGCCGACAUCUACCUCCUGAACCUGGCCUUGUCGGAUCUGCUCUUUGUAGCUACCUUGCCCUUCUGGACUCACUAUGUGAUCAACGAAGAAGGCCUCCACAAUGCCGUGUGCAAACUCACGACCGCCCUAUUCUUCAUCGGCUACUUUGGGGGCAUCUUCUUCAUCACCGUCAUCAGCAUUGACAGGUACCUGGCCAUUGUCAUGGCUGCCAACUCCAUGAACAACCGGACCGUACAGCAUGGCGUCACCAUCAGCCUCGGUGUCUGGGCAGCAGCGAUUUUAGUGGCGGCACCCCAGUUCAUGUUCACAAAGCGGAAGGAGAACGAAUGCCUUGGUGACUACCCUGAGGUGCUCCAGGAAAUCUGGCCCGUGCUCCGCAACGUGGAAGUAAAUUCUCUCGGCUUCCUUCUGCCCUUGCUCAUUAUGAGUUUUUGCUACUUCAGAAUCAUCCGGACACUGUUUUCCUGCAAAAAUCACAAGAAGGCGAAAGCGAUCAAACUGAUCUUACUGGUGGUUAUUGUGUUCUUCCUCUUCUGGACUCCCUACAACGUUGUCAUUUUCCUGGAGACGCUCAAACUCUACGACUUCUUUCCUAGUUGUGACUUGAAGAGGGACUUGAGGCUGGCCCUCAGUGUGACGGAGAUCAUUGCAUUUAGCCAUUGUUGCCUCAAUCCCCUUAUCUAUGCGUUUGCCGGGGAGAAGUUCAGAAGAUACCUUUACCACCUGUACAGUAAAUGCCUGGCGGUCCUGUGUGGUCGUCCAGUCCAUGUCAGUUUCUCCCCAUCUGAAUCGCAAAGGAGCAAGCGAGAAAGCGUUCUGAGCAGCAAUUUUACUCACUACACGAGUGAUGGAGAUGCAUCCCUUCUUCUCUGAAGGGAUCCCCAAAGCCUCGUCUCCACAGAACACUCAAGGUUCCUGAUUCUAUGGAACACCCAGAGUUCCUGAUUCUGACACUGGAUAAUGAAGAUAGAUUUUUCCUUUGUUUCUUAGAUGCCGCAAAUCAUGGAUCCAAUGGCCACAAAGCAACCCCAGGAUUUUAGAGGAUUGUGCUCAAAAGUUGAAAAAGGGUAGACAUGUCUCUUACUACAAAUGUCAGAGCUUUUUCUGUUUACAAAUGGCAAAAAUUCAAUGCAGACUAGCUUAAUUAAGAGGGAGUGGUAAGUGCUGUUCAUGCAGGAGGCUUGAAACUAGCUAGAUUUUCCUCUCUGACUUAAAUCUUUGAAUAGUGAUGCAUCUCCUAGACUCAUAUAACACAGCUUUACACCAGAGAGAAACUGACUCCCAUCCCUCUCAAAUCACAAGGUCAAAAUUCCAGGGAAGGGUUCUGAUUGGCCAAGUUUGUAUCAGGUGACCAUCCCUGGAGUGGGUGGAAGGAAUAUAAAAAUGAUAUCUUCCAUUCCCAUCUCAUUAGAGAUACAGAAGACCUAUUUCCAAGAAGUCAGAGUGAUAGAUACUAUUCUGAUGUGAUGUAAGGAGAGCUACACAUCCUCUUUAUCAUGGGCCUGACCCAGCCUCUUCCAUGACCACAAUGGCCAGCAGCCACCACUAGCUUCCUCCUAUUAACCCCCCUUCUAUCGUGUCCCCAUUGUCCAUUGCAUCAAGUCAAAACUCAGAUGCCUGGCCUCUGAAACCCUCCAUUGCCACCAGAUUCCCUAGCACUUUCCCCUUCUGAAAGGACUUUCCACUUUCCACUCAGCCUCAGCCACGUCUCUUCCAUGUGACCUCACGCAUCUCCACCUGCUACCAUGUUCAGGGACAGAAAUAGAAAGAACCCUGUACUCCCUUCUCCUCCUUCUCAUCCUGUCAGGAUUUGGGGCAUGCAUACACACACACAGAGCAUGUUUCUCAAGCCACCAGAUCCAGGACUUGAACCACACAGUCAGCCAUGUGGAUCCAGCAGCCUCAAGCACCGGCUACAAACUGGCCCAAAGUGGGAUGCAAUCCCAUUGCUCUCGCUUGCCCAUGGGGGGCUAACCAAGCUUCGGUUCCUUCAUCUGUGGACAGGGGAUAAUGAUACCUUUUGCACAGGGAGGAUCCUUUCCAAGAGGAACCAGCCACGAGCUAUUGCAGGUCCCAGCACUCUUGUCUUGUUCCCAGAUUCCCCCUCUCCUGUCACCUGAUACCUCUGCACUGUGCAGACACAGAGAAGGCUGGUUCGUUCGUUCUUUCUUUUUCUUUCUUUCUUUCUUUCUUUCUUUCUUUCUUUCUUUCUUUCUUUCUUUCUUUUUCUUU